AUGAGUCAGAGGCAGGUGCUGCAAGUGUUCGAGCAGUACCAGAAAGCCCGGACCCAGUUCGUCCAGAUGGUGGCGGAGCUGGCGACCAGACCCCAGAACAUCGAGACGCUGCAGAACGCGGGCGUAAUGGCUUUGCUGAGGCCUCUUCUUCUGGAUGUGGUCCCAACAAUUCAGCAGACUGCUGCUCUGGCUCUGGGGAGACUGGCUAAUUAUAAGGAUGACCUGGCAGAAGCAGUCGUGAAGGGUGACAUUCUUCCACAGCUUGUUUAUUCACUGGCAGAACAGAAUCGUUUUUAUAAGAAAGCAGCUGCCUUUGUGUUACGAGCGGUUGGUAAACAUUCUCCCCAACUAGCUCAGGCAGUAGUUGAUUGUGGAGCACUGGACACACUGGUGAUUUGCUUGGAAGAUUUUGACCCUGGAGUCAAAGAGGCUGCAGCCUGGGCACUUGGCUGUAUUGCAAGACAUAAUGCAGAGCUGUCACAAGCUGUGGUGGAUGCGGGAGCUGUUCCUCCUUUAGUGCUCUGUAUCCAGGAGCCAGAAAUUGCUUUGAAAAGGAUUGCUGUUUCUGCCCUCAGUGAUACUGCAACACAUUCUCCAGAGUUAGCACAGACAGUGGUGGAUGCAGGAGUGAUUGCUCACUUAGCCCAGAUGAUCCUGAACCCUGACGCUAAACUGAAGCGUCAGGUCCUUUCAGCUCUCAGUCAGAUUGCGAAACAUUCUGUGGAUCUGGCAGAAAUGGUGGUCGAAGCAGAGAUUUUUCCAGUUGUACUUACCUGUCUGAAGGACAAAGAUGAAUACGUGAAGAAAAACGCUUGUACUUUAAUCAGAGAGAUUGCAAAACAUACGCCCGAGCUUUCUCAGCUAAUAGUGAACGCUGGGGGAGUUGCUGCUGUGAUCGACUGCAUCGGGUCCUGCAAAGGGAACAUAAGGCUGCCAGGCAUCAUGCUGCUUGGCUAUGUGGCAGCUCAUUCUGAGAACCUGGCAAUGGCGGUCAUCAUUUCCAAGGGUGUACCCCAGUUGUCACUCUGCUUGUCAGAAGAACCAGAAGACCAUAUUAAGGCUGCCGCCGCCUGGGCCUUGGGACACAUUGGGAGACACACUCCUGAGCACGCACGGGCUGUCGCUGUCACAAACACUCUGCCUGUCCUGCUGUCUCUGUACAUGUCAACCGAAAGUUCUGAGGAUCUUCAAAUGAAAAGUAAAAAAGCCAUAAAGAACAUCUUACAAAAAUGCACCUAUUUACCAGCUCUUGAACCAUUUCUGUAUGAUGCUCCUCCCAAUAUUCUGAAGCACGUGGUUGGACAGUUCAGUAAGGUGCUGCCACAUGAUAGCAAAGCUCGACGACUUUUUGUAACAAGUGGUGGACUUAAAAAGGUGCAAGAGAUAAAAGCAGAACCUGGAUCUCUCCUUCAAGAAUAUAUCAACAGCAUUAACAACUGUUACCCAGAAGAAAUAGUAAGAUAUUAUUCCCCUGGAUAUUCAGAAACACUUCUGCAGAGAGUGGACAGCUAUCAACCACUUACUAACUGA